UUAUGAUCGUCGGUGAAGUAUAAAGAGGACAGUGUGCGGUUCGAGAGGAGACUCAUGAAUGACGCGAGAUCAUAGGAGCAGGACCUGUGCGAAGUUGAGGAACGUUUCCAUAGUGCCCGGGUGAAAUUGCAGUAAUAUCCUCGAAAGCAUGUAUGAGCCUCGGUACUACGAUAGCCCCCCUGUGUACAGCCCGCCUUACAGCACUAACUCCCACAGCUUCUACCCCCCACGGAGCGUCCACUCCCCGCAGAGCCAGUAUGUCCCCUACACCAACAACGUCCCCCCGGACUCCCACUACAUGGAGGAGAAGCCUCAGCACUUCUAUCGCUGGUUUUCUCCUCCUGGCUUCGUCAAAUCCUUCCAAGGAGCAACGGUCCUCAUGUGCUUCCUCAUCUUCGCCUGCGUGGCCUCCACCUUAGUGUGGGACAUGAAUGGAUUUGGGUACGGGGGCUACGGUGUCGGGGCUGCAGGGGGUGGUGCAGGGAUGGAGUCUGGAUAUUAUGGAGGCAGCUACGGCUACGGGGGCUCCUACAUGACGCCACAGUCUGCCAAGGCGGCGAUGAUCUCCAUGGCGGCCAUUAACUUCCUGGUCUCACUGGGCUUCCUGGUGGCCAGUUUCUCACGGUCACAGAUCAUGAGGGGGUGCAGGUUCUACCUCACCAUGUUCAUCUGUGAUAUCAUCUUAGCUGUCCUUCAAGGCAUCAUUGACAUCAUCUUUGUGAUCGGGGUGAACCCGAUGUCUCAAAGCUCACAGAGCAUGCUCUAUAAUCCCAUGCUGAUGAUGUGCCAGAGCAUCCAGGGCAGUCCCAGCCUCAGCGGCAGCAUCGGGGCCGGGUUUCCAGGCGGUUUCCCCAUGUACAACCAAUACCUGUACCACUACUGCUUCAUGGACCCCGAGGAGGCGGUGGCGUUUGUGCUGGGUCUGAUGGUGGUGUUGGCCCUGUCCCUGUCGGCUUACUACGCCUACAAGACCCGCAGCAAGAUCUGGCACCACGGCAAAGCUAACAUCUACUGGGACGCGCCGAGGGUCAGGUCUUCAGAGGGCCAGGAUGUACAGGACUGGGUGAACCAUGUUGGAGAGGUACGCAGCACCCAGCAGGCACCAACUGUUGUUUUGUCAGAGAGAGCAGCACCUGACCUGAGGGCGGGGAACAGCGUGGUCUCCUAUGGCAACGGGACAGUCAGCAUCCACAGUGAGGGAAAUUAUAACCACAAUAGUUACUCUGCUGACAACAGUAAUGGUCGGGGUGUGGAGCCACUGUACCAGAACAGCAAGGUCACAGUCUGCUCCAGCAGCUCCUCAGAGGAGACGGACAGCCUCAGGAAACCUCCUCCUUAUCACGUGGAGGAGAAGCAGAAGAAAGAACGGCAGCCCAGACCUGCUGCUCGGGAGACGGUGGAGUCCACGUAUGAAACUGGUUACACAACCGGAGACACGGGCAAUGAGCUGGACCGGCACCACACAGAUUACCUCCACAGACUUUACCCAGAGAUUACUUCAGAUGAGCAGCGCAGGCAGUACAAGACGGAGUUUGAAUCAGACCUGGCCCGCUAUAAGAGCCUCUGUGCAGAAAUGGAUGACGUUAGUGACGAGAUGCACAAGCUGAGCCGAGAGCUGGACAUCCUGGAAGAGGACUCCAUGAAGUACCAGGGUGUGGCAGAUGAGUAUAACAGACUCAAAGACCUCAAAAAGACUUCAGACUAUAAAGCGAAGAAGAGGCAGUGCAAAGAACUUCGGCAGAAACUUUUCCACAUCAAACGUCUGGUGAAAGUCUUUGACCAAGGUCUGUGUUAGUGUGAUGUAACAUUCUGUCCGACAGCCGAGGAUGAACACUGACACGCUGUGACCUGGCUGCAGAAACUAGGAUUGUAUCCUCCAUUUUCCCUCCAGUUCUACUGCUUUGCUAUUUGAAUAUCAACAGUUCAGCUCAACAUGGCUGUGCUUGCAGCCACUGAACCUCAAGUGUUUUUGACCCCAAUGUUUACAACUACUGUGUGGCUUUGGCAGCUGUCAGAGUGGAUUACUGUCAGGGUAGAGCUACUGGUAGACUUUCCUCUGCAUGGUUGUAACAACAUGCUACUGUUAACAUUUAUAUUUGUUGUACCUUGUGUAAUAUUUAACAUUUAAAUGGCAAUUUUAUU